CAACGGUUACUCGGUUCGCUGUGUGCCAUCUUCUUUUGGCCUCUGCUUGUGGCGUUGCUGGAAGCUGGGUCAGAACUUUUGAGGAGAUUGUCUGCACUCGAAGGACUCUGCAGAUUCCCCUUUCACCAUCAACCAGAUCUCUGGAAAUAGACCUAUCUCUGCAAUCAAUAGUAAUCCCUUCAUAGGUCAUGAUGUUUCCUUUGGCCAGAUAUGCACUAAACCAUCUCAAGAUUCGAAGCACCCUGAAAGUUUUGGGAAGACAGACCCAUACAAAGCCCUCAAUGGACUUUCAUGAUAAAUAUGGCAAUGUGGUGCUAAUUAGUGGAUCUACUUUCUGUUUUGUUGGAUAUGUGUUUUAUAUGACACAAAUGGGAAUAGAAUGGAACCUAUCUCCUGUUGGCAGAGUUACCCCAAAAGAAUGGAAGUAA